AUGAAUGAAGAUACGAAGGUUAAUAUAAGCUGGCUGCCUCAGGAUCAUAUAGACGCCAGUUCUCCGGAGAAUAUCUCGGCGGCAGACUCCUCCCUGAUUCCUGUGCUAGAACCAGAUCUCAUCGUAAACCCAUGGGAUAUUGUUCUGUGUACGUCGGGAACCCUGAUCUCCUGUGAAAAUGCUAUAGUGGUCCUGAUCAUCUUCCAUAACCCCAGCCUGCGAGCUCCUAUGUUCCUCCUCAUUGGCAGCUUGGCACUGGCAGACCUCUUGGCAGGGGUCGGACUCAUUAUCAAUUUCAUUUUUGCCUAUCUCCUUCAAUCGGAGGCUGCCAAGCUGGUCACGGUGGGACUGAUCGCUGCCUCUUUUUGUGCCUCGGUGUGCAGCUUGCUGGCGAUCACCGUCGACCGUUACUUGUCUCUUUACUACGCUUUGACGUACAACUCAGAAAGAACAGUCACCUUCACCUACGUCAUGCUCAUCUUCCUGUGGGGAGCGUCGACGUGCGUGGGACUUUUGCCUAUCAUGGGUUGGAAUUGCCUUAAGGAUGAGUCAACGUGUAGUGUUAUCCGACCGCUGACAAAAAACAAUGCCGCCGCCCUUUCCGUUUCUUUUCUGCUCAUGUUUGCACUCAUGCUUCAGCUGUACAUUCAAAUCUGCAAAAUUGUCAUGAGGCACGCUCAUCAGAUUGCCUUACAGCACCAUUUCCUGGCCACCUCGCACUACGUCACCACUCGGAAAGGAGUAUCUACGUUGGCCAUCAUACUUGGGACGUUCGCGGCCUGCUGGAUGCCUUUCACCCUUUAUUCUUUAAUAGCAGAUUACACCUACCCUUCCAUCUACACCUAUGCCACGCUGCUUCCAGCCACAUACAACUCCGUCAUCAAUCCCGUCAUCUACGCCUUCCGGAACCAGGAGAUCCAAAAAGCGCUGUGGCUGAUUUGCUGUGGCUGCAUCCCUCCCAGUGUCUCUCAAAGAGCCAGAUCGCCAAGUGACGUUUGA